CCUGUCAAUCUGAGGGGGCGGGGCCUUAGGCCGGCGGAAAGCGGAAGCGCGAGGCAGCAUGGAGGAGACGGCCGGGGAGAGAGCCAACCUGGCCGGGGUGCGGCACAUCGUGCUCGUGCUGUCCGGGAAGGGCGGCGUUGGGAAGAGCACCAUCUCCACCGAGCUGGCCCUGGCGCUGCGCAAUGCCGGGAAGAGGGUGGGCAUCCUGGACGUGGACCUGUGUGGCCCCAGCAUCCCACGCAUGCUGAGGGUGCAGGACAGCGCCGUGCACCAGUGUGACAGUGGCUGGGUGCCUGUUUUCGUGGGUCAGGACAAGGCCAUCGCCCUCAUGUCCAUCGGCUUCCUGCUGGAGAGGCCAGACGACGCCGUGGUGUGGAGAGGACCUAAGAAAAAUGCUUUGAUCAAGCAAUUUGUUACCGACGUGGCCUGGGGGGACCUGGACUUCCUCAUCGUGGACACACCRCCGGGCACGUCCGACGAGCACAUCUCCACCGUGGAGGCCUUGAGGCCCUACCAGCUGCUCGGAGCAAUCCUGGUCACAACGCCCCAGGCCGUGUCCGUGGGGGAUGUGAGGCGGGAGCUGACCUUCUGUCGGAAGGCGGGAUUGCGGAUCCUCGGCAUCGUGGAGAACAUGAGCGGCUUCGUGUGCCCCCACUGCUCCGAAUGCACGAACAUCUUCUCCAAAGGGGGAGGAGAGGAGCUGGCCAAGCACACUGGGGUGCCCUUCCUGGGCUGCAUCCCCCUGGAUCCCCAGCUCACCCAGAGCCUGGAAGAAGGCAGAGACUUCAUCCAAGAGUUUCCCAAGAGCUCUGCUUUUCCUGCCUUGACUCACAUCGCYCAGCAGAUCUUGGAUACAUCGCAGAGGAGCUCCUGAGGAGGGUGUGGAGCUGGACUGGUGCCAGCCUGGCAGCCCCAGCAGCAGCAAGGGGAGGCAGGAGCUGUGUAACUCUGUCUCUCUGGGCUGGGAGGGAGGGGAGCACUGAUCCCUGCUGCUGCUGGCAGUCCCAGAAGGAAGCAGUUCCAUCCCCUCUGACCCAGAGAGACUCUGGAGCUGCAGUGCCAAGUGCAUCUUUCCCCUCAGUGAUCCCACACGGCUCCAAUCAGCCGGAUCACGGCGCUGCGUGCCGCUGCCUUCUCCCGCUGCCUGACGGAUCACACAGGACUUGCUUCAGUGGCUGAGCCGUGCUGGAUGCUCCCAUGUGGGGCCAGGCCAGGCCCUGUGCUCGGCAUUCUCGGCUCACCGGUUUCUGAUGGGCCGCUGGGGGCAUGGUGUGGGCUGGGAGUGAGGAAAUGCCUUCGGAGCUGUCUGGGAGCCUCAUCCCACCGUGCUGGAGAUGUGGCCUCGGCUCUGCUGCACUUGUGUGACUCAGGAAUAUUUUUCAAUGUUCCAGGCAGUAAACACUUGUCUGAAAAUGCAAGACU